GAGAAGGAGGAGGAGGCGGCAGCGGCCGCGGAGCAGGAACGGAGCUGAAAGGAGCGGGACAGCCCCGACGGGACGGGACGGGGGUCUCGGUAGUGCCCACCAGCAGGUGUCAUCACCCCCAGCAGCUCCCGGUCCGGAGGUCACCAGCCCCGUCACCCGCGGCCCCCGCUGCCCUCGGGGGUCGCAGCCCGCACAUGCCACCGUGGGGCGGGCCAGGAGCUCAUGCGACCGGCCGUCGGGCUCGUCCCUCAUGCCGGGGAAGCUGAGGCGCAGCGCCCGGGGGGAGCGGGGGGAAAAGCAGUGGCAGAGCCUGGAGGAGACGGGAAGCGCCCGGCUGGGGCAGCCCAAGCUCUCCAGAUCCAGGACUUAUGACCCCCCCUGCAAGGACACAGGGCAGGCGGCCACAGGCGGGGAGGGACCCCCAUCCCCCGCGCUGAGCAAACGGGACAGCAGCUACCGCCGGGCCUUCGGGGAGCUCGCCGGGAGGGACGCGCUGCUGGGCUGCUUCCCGUGCGCCUGGCAGAGAGAGGUGCCCUACCACGGCCGCCUCUACGUGUCCUCCCGACACGUCUGCUUCCACUCCAGCCUCCUGCUCAAGGACAUCAAGGCCGUGGUCCCCGUCGCCUCCAUCUCAGCCCUCAAAAAGACCAACACGGCGCUGCUGGUGCCCAACGCGCUCAGCAUCCGCACGGUCCAGGGGCAGAAGUUCCUCUUCGUGUCGCUGCGCCAGCGAGAGGCCACGUACCAGCUCCUGAGGUCGGUCUGCAAACAGCUGCAGGACAGCGGCCAGAGCCCUCGGGACUCGGUGAACAACGAGGAAAUCCUUGAGAAGACUCUGACCUCGAGCCAGUCGGACCUGGAGCAGAGCACCCCAGAGCCCAACAGCCUCCACGAGUCCCUGGAUGAACAAAGCCCGAGGCCAAGGGAAGCAGAGGAGGAGGAUGACAAGGUGGCCCUGCUGACUCCCAGCAGCAGCGAACGAGUGCCCUUGGCAGGGACACGCAGCCUCUGGGGGGAACCCCACACCACGCUCUGGGCCUGGGCUGCUGCACUCCGGUCCCGGUUGAACCCCCAGCUGAGCCCUCUCAACAUCAUCAUCACCAUCUACCUGCUGCUCAUGGUGGCCUUGCUGGUGUCCUCGGGGUACAUCGGGCUGCGCAUCGCGGAGCUGGAGCAGCAGUUGGCAUUGGCAGGGGCUCAGCCACGCCCCAACCCACCACAGCAGUGAGUGACCGGGGUGGGGGGCCCUUUGUGCCCAGCAGAGACCCCCCUCAGCCUGCCUCCCCCUGCCCAGGUACAAGAAAACGUGAGGCCAGUGAGGACCCGCCCUCACUGGUGCCCUGGACAGGGGGCACAGGGGCUGCCCCAACCCCUUCCUCUGCCUCUCAGGGGGCUCCAUCUCACUCCCCCUGUGUCUCCCACCCUGAGCAGCAGCAGGAGGGAACUCAGGGAGUCCCAGGGGAACAAAGAGCAGCACACGGGGAGGGGUUGGGGCCACCCCCUACCCAGCCCUCCCUGCCCAGCAGGGGCAGGCAGAGGGGCCUGGGCCCAGGCAGUGCAGGGGCAAAGAGAACAAACUAUUUUAUUAAUAAAAAUUAAUAAAACCUUUAUUAAUAUGUAUU